UGUUAAGUAAGGUUUUGGUAAUUACAUGUGCCCUUUUCAUGAAAGGAAUGUAUGCCUGACGUAUCGAGAAAAAUGGGUUUGAUUAGGGAGGGGUCACUGUACUAGAUAAAAGCUAAAUCAGCAGGACUCUCUGCACUCACUGGAGGCAAGAAGUUAGUGACAGCGCAUGAUGGCGGCCUGGACUGGAUGGAUCCUGCUGAUGUGUGCACUCCUGAGUGGGCAAGGGUCAAAGGCUCAGGAUUGUGGGCUGGCACCUCUGAACACAAGGAUAGUGGGUGGUCAGAAUGCCACAGCUGGGGCAUGGCCCUGGCAGGUCAGUUUGCAUAUUAAUUUUGCAGCGUCUCACAUCUGUGGAGGGACCCUCAUCAGUGACCAGUGGGUACUCACAGCAGCCACCUGCAUCAUAUUAAACUUUCCUAGUGUAUGGAUUGUCUACCUCGGAAGAAAGACUCAGUCUGGCCCCAAUGUUAAUGAGGUGAGCCGCGGCGUGUCCCGGAUCAUCAUCCAUCCGGACUUUAACAAUGUGCCAUUCAACAACGACAUUGCCCUAAUGAAGCUUAGCAGCCCUGUCAAUUUCACUGACUACAUCAGACCUGCCUGCUUGGCAAGUAACUCCAGCCAGUUUUACAACGCGACCCCCUGCUGGGCCACUGGAUGGGGCAGACUUGGAGUCAAUGACACCAACAAUCUCUCUGACUCACUGCAGGAGGUUCAGAUUCCUGUCAUUGGAGCCAAGCAGUGCAGUUGCAACUACAGCCCAAUACAAGGAUUAAACAUCACUGGCAGUAUGAUUUGUGCAGGACAAGAGAACAAAGGAAUAUGCCAGGGGGAUGGCGGUGGACCUUUGCAAUGCAAACAAUCCUUAAUGUGGAUCCAGGCUGGCAUUACCAGUUUUGGAGUACCUUGUGCCCUAGCUGGUUUCCCUGAGGUUUAUGCCCGAGUGUCUGAAUUCCAGACUUGGAUCAUGAAUCAAGUGAUGGGCGCAAAGGUUCACUUUGUGACGUUCAGAUCCAGUGGCACCGACCAGGACAACAGCUUUGUGUGUCGCAGCUCCGUCACUGGAAAUGCAACCACAUCAGCUCCAAACGCAACUUCCACAUCAGCUCCAAACGUGACUUCCACAGCAGUGCCAAACCUGGCUUUCAUGACAUCAACCGUUGCAACUGAACUUCCAUUGCUUGUCAUCUUAGUGACAGUGUUCCUGCAGCACAUUUUAGCUCCAUAGCACAGGUUUCAAUUUAAAACUUCUCAGUUUCUUCUUGUUCUGUUGUGGGUUCUCUUGUCUUUUAAAUCACAUUACAAAGAUUAUAUUUAUAUCAUGAUGAUUGUAGCGGAGUUUGUGUGGUGAAAGUGUUCUGCUGAAGCAUGGUCUUGUCUCUGUUGCAACAUUUCUUUGAAUUGCACUUAAUCAUUUCCGAUUGGCCUGUUUUAAUGUAACACAAACUUAAUUUAAC